AUGGCCCUGUUCCGCGAAUUGCUGAAUAUUCCCGACAACUAUAAGAUCCUCUUUUUGGGCGGCGGCGCCAGCACGCAGUUUUUCGAAGUGCCGUACAAUUUCCUCGAAAAGAAGGCCGGAUACGUGAACACCGGCGUAUGGGCCAAAAAAGCGAUCAAGGAAGCCAAAAAUUUCGGCGAAGUGCAGGAUAUGCGAUCCCGACCGAUUUGGAUUACCUGCACAUUACGACCCAACAAUACGAUCUACGGUACCGAAUACCACACCGAUAUCGACUCGCCGGUGCCGGUGAUCGCAGACAUGAGUUCCGAUAUCCUGAGCCGUCCGGUGGGACGUUUCGAAAUCGGCAUGAUUUACGGCGGCGCGCAGAAGAACAUCGGUCCCGCCGGGGUGACGUUCGUGAUCGUUCGCGAAGACCUGCUCGGCAAGGUGUCCCGUCCGCUUCCGUCGAUGGUCGAUUACCGCAACCACAUCGCCAACGAUUCGAUGUUCAAUACGCCCCCGGUAUUCGCGAUCUACGUCGUGAAAGAAACCCUGAAGUGGUUGAAGUCGAUCGGCGGCGUGAAAGAGAUUCAGAAACGUAACGGGGCGAAGCUGAGCUGCUGUACGACGCGAUCGACAACAGCAAGGUAUUCGUCGGAAAAAUACGCCGACCGGCUCCCGAAUUCCUCGAAUUCGCCAAAGGCAAAGGCAUGGUCGGCAUCAAGGGACACCGUCUGGGGGCGGUUCCGUGCGUCGAUCUACAAUGCGCUGCCGAUCGAAAGCGUUCAGGCGUUGGCGGACAAGGCCGACCUGCUGGCGGCCGUGAAAGAUGCCGACGGGCUGAUUAUCCGCAGCGACAAAGUGACGGCCGAAGUAGUCGCCGCCGCCGAGAAACUGAAAAUCGUCGUUCGCGCCGGUGCC